AUGGAUAUCGCCACUACUUCCCGCGCUUACUUUGCCAUGCCCUCUCCCACUCCUGAGGAGAAGAUCUCCCUCCAGGCCAGCAACACAGUCUACACCUAUCACUGCCUGUGCAACCACCUCCUACUGGCAACCACCACACCGCUCCCUUCUCUACCCAAACGCCAACAUACACGCGAUGCUGCACAUAUCAUGCCGCUUCCGCCAGCACCCACUUCGGGCCGCAACAAGAACGCGCCGUCGCAGGAUCACUAUGGACUCCUCCUCUCUACCCGACAAGACCGCCAAGCUGAGAUAAUAACCAGCGACGAGGGCUUUGAGAAGCGUUACCUACAGCGUUGUGGACGGUGCAAUCUGGUUGUAGGAUACCAGUUGGACUGGCAACAGUUCUCUGUCGACCGGUCUGGUAGGCGCGAGGAUUACGUCUUCCUUCUCCCAGGCGGUUUCGUCAAGACGAGCGACAUGAUCAUGGGAAAAGCAGCUACCGCAUCGACAUCCGCCUCAGCAGUCGGCGGCGCGGGCAUGGGCACGGUCAGUGUCACCCAAGUCAAAGCGUAG